CAUCGCCUCUCUCUCUCUCUCUCUCUCGCACACAGCGCAGGCAGAAACGAAACAGAAGCAUUUGGAGGUUAUAUUCAGAAAUUAUACUUCUUCACGCCGACAGCCUCGGAAGGGUAGUAUAGGGAAGUAUUAUUGAGGGUCUUCAUAUGGUUGCCAUUGGUUUAAAAGCUUUACCCUCGAGAAAACACAAAAUCAAUAACUUAACUGAGGACCGCUUCAUGGGUGGGGAACAUAAUUCGUAUGACAAGCCUGGAAGGAAGAAAAGUAUGAACAGGAAGGCAAUGAAAAAACACACUGGUUUUGAUGGGGAUCACUCUACUGAAAAUUUAUCCGGUGGUGGGCGUCACAAAACCUCGAAAGCUCAGAAAUUUUCCAAGAAUCAAAAUGCCUCGGUGGCACAAGCCCCUUUUGUCAGGAAACAGGUUGAUCCUGAAACAGCAAAGUACUUCUUGGAAAUCACAAAUGUUAUUGAGGGUACUGAGGUUGAUUUAGAUGAAAGGUCAGUUAUAUGUGGGAAUGCUUUGGAAGAAACCAGAGGGAAAGAACUAGAAGUUGCAACUGAUUAUAUCAUAAGCCACACUUUGCAAACCCUCCUUGAAGGGUGUGAUGUGGACCACCUUUGUGGUUUUUUGAGAGGCUGCGCAAAGGACUUCGGUCAUAUUUCUAUGGAUAGAUCUGGUUCUCAUGUGGCUGAGACAGCUCUCAAGUCAUUAGCUGUACAUCUUCAGGAUAAUGAGACUCAUUCUCUCAUUGAAGAGACACUCACUACAAUAUGCCAGGAAAUUAUACUCAAUCCUGUCGAUGUCAUGUGUAACUGUUAUGGAUCUCAUGUUCUUCGGAGUCUUCUUUGUCUUUUAAAAGGAAUGAGAUUAGACUCCUCGGAGUUUCAUGUCACAAAGUCAUCAUCUGUUCUAGCAGAACGGUUGAAUUUCAGGCCAUCUCGUUUGGGUGGAAAUGUUUCACAAGAUUUGCAGCAAGGAUUUCCGGAUCUACUUAAAUUCCUUGUAUCAGAGAUGUUAAACUGUGCGAGAAAGGACAUUGAGACCCUGCAACAUAAUCAGUACAGUAGUUUGGUUCUGCAGACUGCUUUGAAGUUAUUGGCUGGACAAGAACAAGAUCUGUUGCAUAUAAUUCUAAUUCUUCUUGGCUAUGACAUGGAAAAUGACGUGGAAGAGAACUUCAUAGACUGUACUGCCGUGCCAAACCUUUUAAGUCUGAUGAAAGAAAGUGCAUAUAGUCAUUUAAUGGAGGUCAUGUUGGAAGUGUCUCCUGAAACCUUAUACAAUGAACUAUUCACAAAAGUUUUUAGGAAUUCAUUGUUUCACUUGUCUUCUGAUCCAUGUGGGAACUUUGUUGUCCAAGCAUUAGUUUCUCAUGCAAGAUAUCAGAGUCAUAUGGAUUUUAUUUGGGAGGAACUUGGUACAAAAUUUAAGGAUCUUCUCGAACGGGGAAGGUCUGGAGUUAUUGCUUCUCUCAUUGCUGCAAGUCAAAGGCUUCAUAGCCAUGAACAAAAGUGUUGUCAGGCCCUUGUUGCUGCUGUAUGUUCGGCGCUUGACUCUCCCACAUGCAUUGUUCCUCGAAUUUUAUAUCUUGAAAGCUACAUCUACUGCGAAGACAAAUCCAACUGGAAUUGGCCAAAAGGUGUUAAGAUGCAUGUUAUGGGAUCUUUGGUUCUACAAACUGUUUUUAGACUUCCAAAUGAAUUUAUUCAGCCUUAUGUUGCGAGUAUCACAUCCAUGGAAGCUGACCAUGUUCUUGAAGCAUCAAAGGACACUGGGGGUGCACGGGUUAUUGAAGCUUUUCUAAGUUCAAAUGCAUCUGGAAAACAUAAGCGCAGAUUAGUCAUAAAGCUUCAAGGACAUUUUGGAGAGCUCUCAAUGCAUCAUUCAGGAUCAUUCACUGUUGAAAAGUGCUUCAACGCCAGUAAUGUGUCUCUGAGAGAGACAAUUGUAUCAGAGUUGUGUUCUGUGCAAACUGAGCUCUCGAAGACUAAGCAUGGACAUUUUCUCUUGAGGAAACUCGAUGUUGAAGGAUUUGCAAAACAACCUGAUCAGUGGAAGUUGAGACAAUCAUCGAAACAAUCUACUUAUAAAGAAUUUUACGCUACAUUUGGCUCAAAAGAAACCAAAUCCUCCAGAAAUGAUGUCUUUCUAGCGGAGUCUCAUCAAACAUCAAAGCCAGAAAAAUUGAAGGAGAUGAGGAAAGAGAUUGAUGCUUGCCUCUCUUCCGCUGUUGCACUGUCGCCAGCUUCCCAAUUUCUUUCCCCUGAGGGUUCAGGCCGUAAGCGUCGUCUUGAAAGAGCAGAACAGCAUGGCAAGAAAUUCACGAGACAUGCUACGGACGAUGAUGUUUUGAAAAGCAAGAACAAAAAGCGGAAAAAGAAUAAUAAUAAUAAUAAUACUGGGACAGAAAAUGCUUAUGCAGAAAGUAAACCAACAGAUAGUGUUGGUUACCAUCAGAAAGAAUCCCAAUCUGUUGACAAGAAAGAGAAGAAAAGGCGGAAAAAGGACGGCCUGUAAAAUCUUUUCUGUAGAAGCUGAAAGCGUGAGAUGACAAUUUUGUAGGUUUUCCUUAACCAUCUUAUGUUUACACUAUUAGAGUGAAACUAAGAAUUUCAUCCAGUUCUA